AAUUUACUACGCUUAGUAAACCUGAUGAAGUGUUUAACUUUACUGAUGAGUGAUCUAGAGUCACGUAAUGUUUAAUGCACAAAUCACAAGUGAACAGCACAUCUUUUUCAAUGCCACUCUACAAAGUCCAGCCCUCUGGACAGACGUCUUAAUACAAGUCAAACAUCACACUCGAGUAAUUCCAAACACUCCAGACAGGAAAGCAAUCAGUCAUGAACCAUGCAGAAGGUUUUGCCUCUCAUUGUUUCCUUGUUUUGCUGUGUCUUUUUCUAUGUGGUUAUUUGGAAUCGGAUCCAAGGAACAUGGACUGGUUCCAAAGAACUGUAUAAUGUGGUAUUGAAGUCAGCAUUCAUCUGGAGGGACAGGCAUGAGACCACUGAACAUGUGACACCAGCAACUAGGACUCACACUCUGAGUUUGUCAUCAAGGAAUACUAUAAAAAGCGCUGUGAAAGAACACGUUUUGGAUUCUUUACAUCAUGUAAAAUCACAUCAAGUAGCACCUUUAGGCAACCAGAAUCUCACCGACAGUGUAACCAUUCUUCCAGUCCUUUAUAGGAAAGAUUUUGAAAAACUUCCGGAGUGGGACUUUGAGGACAUUUACAUGCGGAAUAAUGAAGAAAGACAUCCGGUUUGUUCAAAGUUUCUUCAGAAGUCCGAAGAUGAAGAGUUUCAGGCAGCAAUUGUCCCAGACAUUCAGCUUUGGCUGCACAGGGGUCACCUCAGUAUCAGGGAGUGGAAUCGACUGUCGCAUUUCAACAACCCCUUUGGAUUCAUGGAAUAUAAGUAUAAUGAUGUAAAAUCGGCGGUAGAUUUGAUCCCAAAACCAAAGUCCACACAGUUGUUACCAGUACCUGAAAGGGCACACGAUGGCUGUAUUCGCUGUGCUGUGGUGGGCACUGGGGGCAUUCUCAGUGGCUCAAGAAAGGGCAAAGAGAUUGAUUCUCAUCAUUAUGUGUUUCGAAUGAAUGGAGCUAUCACCAAAGGCUUUGAGGAGGAUGUUGGAAAUAAAACUUCGGUGUAUGUGCAUACUUCAUAUGCCUUAGUCCAGUCUGUUUACAAUUUGAAUCCAUAUGGUUUCAGGGGCGCUCCAAAUGAUGAGGGAAUUAAGUAUGUGCUCAUUCCAGAAGGCUUGAGAGACUUUGAGUGGGUUCAAGGCCUGUUUCAGAAAAACAUUGUGAAAAAGGGGGACUUUAAGGGAAUUUGGCCAUUGAGAUUUUAUGGUAGACAGAUUGACAAAGAGAAAUUUUAUGUUCUUCAUCCAGAUUUUCUACGAUAUAUUCGAAACAGAUUCUUACGGUCCAAUAAUUUGAAUGAGGAAUACUGGCAUAUCUACAGACCCACCAAUGGAGCAUUUACUCUGUUCUUGGCUCUUCAUACCUGUGACAUUGUGAAUGUUUAUGGAUUUAUUACUGCAGACUAUCAUAAGUACUUCAAUUACUACUUUGAUCAGGGGGUGAAAACCAGCGUUGUUUUCUUUAUUAACCAUGACUACAACCUAGAGAUCCAGACCUGGAAGAAACUGCAUGAUUCUGGAAUCAUUCAUCUUUAUCAAAGAAAGGAGGACCUAAAAGAGACAUGACCUGACAUACAGUGCUCUGCAAAAGUGACACCACAGCCAUUAAGAACAAGUUAUUCAUUUCAGCAUUAGGAAAACACGUUUAACAGAAAAUCACACAGAAGCCACAACAAUGAAUUCAUUUCAAGCUUUUCAGUAUUUAGUGUGUCCACCUUUAUUACAGCCUCCGUUCCUCACUGCAGGCUUUUCUGGGUUCCGUUUUUCAAAGAAAUCUGCACAGGUGUUUUUCUACACCUCCAAAUUUAGUCUGAGACGUUUUCUUCUUUUCAUCCAAGAUGUUCCAAACACAUUCAGUGAUGUUUAUUUCAGAACCAUCUGUGGAUUUUUCCAGAUCUGAAGCGAGAGUGGAGCUUGAUUUUCUCCUCUCUCCCAAAGAUGAAGGCUUUAAGUACUGUUUAUCUGAUGGUGGUCUAUCAAGUCUUACGUUUUCAUAUCUAUCCAUGGUUUUAUGAACUGCAGUUUUGGACUUACUUUCACUUAUUGUCCUGUGAUUUAUGCUGGUGGAUUAUCUUACAGCCACUGUCCUCAGAAACAACUACUGAAAAAUGAGUAACUUAAUGUAAUGAAUAACUUGCUUAAUGUUACGUUAACGUUACGUCAAUGGCCAAUUUGGCUAUAAAUAAAUGAAGGGUGGUCUCUGACUUUUGCACAGUACUGUACUUAUGCCAGAUUCUGUAGAAGUUUUUUUUUUAACUGUGUUCAACUCUUAAGAAAACAUUCAUAGUUAUGUUGCAACAGAAAAUACAUUACAAAAUGUGACAUUGUGGCCAGGACUUUGUUACUAGUUGUUUAUUUUGUGUUAUUUAUUUUGUCUUAUUUGAAAAA